AGUGGAAAAGUCAGGUAGAAAUUGAGUGUUGACGAGUUUGACAAGUGCGGAGUCGCCCUUAGACAUUUGUGUGACUGAUAUGUAGCUACACCUGUACAACAAGCUGUAGUUUUAUUAAACAAAUGUAUUAUUAUUUCUUUAUUUAUAUAAACAAAAUGGUCAAUACUUAAUUUCUUGCUUAAUCGUUUAGUCGGGUGCUCAUUAAACGGAUUAAACGGAAAUAUAUCGAAGGACGAAAAUAGAAUGAAAUUUGAUUUUUUAAUAUUCCAUUCGUGUUAACAGUAAUCAUUAAUUAAGAUUAUUGGAAUGUCAAAAAAGUGUAGCAGGUAUGGAAGUUACCAAGAUACAUGAGAAGCAUGAGGAGCUGCUUGAUAACGUUGAGUCUUCACUGAAGAAUUCUUCUUUAUAUGACAAUGGCAUUGAAACAUUGGAGAAGGUCCAAAAUACGUCAACAAUGCUUGCCAAGUGUCAUUCGACCCAGACGGAAGAAAAAGAGCUUAAAAUUGAAGACGUAAAUAACGAAGAAUCAAGAAUCGAACGAGAUUCUCUUGAGAAAGAAACGAAAGAAACAGGUUUAGUGAAAGCUACUGUGAAAAAUCAAACUUCUUUAGCUUUUACUAUCGACUUUGGUGAUAAUAAAGAAGUGGAAUCUACUAGAUUCCAAAAUUUAUUUCAAAAAAUUAAUGCCAGGCACAAACGAAAUUUAUCGACGUCUAAAAUAGAGAUUAAACCUAAAAAACCUGUUGCUGAUCUUUCGCCAAAUUUCGUACAAAAACCGAAACCACUAAGUUUUCAUUCAGAAGGAUAUUUUAGUAGUGAAGACGAUACAAAGAGAAAGGCUGAGGCAUUGUCACAAAAGUUGAAAGAAUUAGGAUUAAGGUCUACAAAAGGUGCUACGAAGAAGGCUGAUGUAAUUUCUAAAUCGUUAACAGAAAAUUCAAACGGUGAGAAGCGAAGGUCAUAUCAUGAAGAAUUACCAAAUAAUUUUAUUCAUGAAAUGACUUAUUCAGCAACCAUGAAUGAUCUUGAUAAAGUUCAAAAUAAUUUAGAAGAAGAACGAAAUCAUGUGCAAUAUUCUCCCGAGAAAAAAUAUACAAAAAAUAUCGAAUACAUAGAAAUUAAUCAUGAUUAUGAAGAAGAAGUAAAAAAAUCUCAUUCGAACACUACGGAAAAACUUUCCAACACCAGUUAUUUAUCUGAUCAUGGUGAAUCUAAUGAACUCGUUAGUGAUAAAGGUAAACAGUCAAGUAGUCACAUAAUGAGUGUAAGUGGUACAGGAGAAUUAAACACAGAUUUAGAUAGAAAUUUGGAUAUUUUCAAUGUAAGCGGUAUUGAUGGAGCUUCAGACGAAACUGUAAGUGAAGCAGGAACUUAUACGAUUCACAAAGAUUACACUGAUGAAGAAAAAGCUCGAAUGGAUAUAGAUAAAACAUUUAGUGUCGGUGUAUUGACAGAAGAAGAAAGUAAUGAAGGAUACGUUCAUCAUUUUAAAAUGCGAAGCUCCAAAGAUACAAAUACUUGGAUUUCGGAAUGGGCUACUCAAGUAGCCGAGCACAAUUCACUUCCGCCCAUAAUUGGAGGUACAAAAGGACGUACACCACCAAUGAGUCCGUCUAAGAUUCCUUCCCCAAUGUAUUCGCCACGAUAUCAAAAGACUUCUGAAUCAAGAAGAAGUCGGUAUGAACAAAGUGAUAGCAGUUUAGAUGCUGACAUUCAACAGAUGAGAGAUAGAAUAGGAAAUACAAUUCAUCCAAAUACUCUUAUUGAUUCGGGUGGAGAAUCCGAUGAAGACACAAGUAAUAGUUAUACUACUCCACCCCACAGUUCUCAACGUACACCAACGCACAGUGCUUUAGUACGCCGUGGUAGUUUGUCUGAAUCUUUAUUUAAACGAGCAAACUAUAAUGACAGUCGACGGAGUAUGAGAAAGUAUCCAGAUACCAAGAAGAAAGAAGAAAUACUCGAUGUGCCAAAGAGUCCGUCCCACGUCUUAGCAAGACUUCAUCUUCAACGUGGUAAUUCUUUAGAUCGCAAGUCUGAUACUGCCGAAUCUAAUUCUUCAAGGAGAAGCAGCUUGAAAAAUUAUUCUGAGGAAAAUUUUAAACAUACUAACAGUCCAAUUUUAAAUCGACUUAAGCCAUCCACUCCAAAACUUACCAAUAGUCCAAUUCUGGGGCACAAAACUUUGAAAAAUAAAAUAUUAAAUUCUCCAAGUUUUGAGAAACCUAAACAAUUGAUACAAUCAAAUUCAUCAGCUAAAAAUAUUGGAUAUUUCACUUGCGUGGAAAAUAGUCCAUACAUGUUAAGGAAAUCUCGUAGUACAUCAAAUUAUCAAGAAAAUACUUCUACUGGUCAAGAGUUUUCAGUGCUUAAUAGUAAUCCAGUGGUUCCAAAAAAUAUUUGUAUUCAACGAUCUUCCAGCAAUACAAGUAUAAGAAAUGUUAAAACUAAGUCAUUAUUAUCUCGUCGAAGUAGUUUUAAUGAUCAUGGUGAUAAAAUUCCCAAAGCUAAACAGAUUGUUUCUGAUAGUAGUAGUGAAACUGGUGAUCAAAAUUCACAAGUUCCAGUCAUUUCUUCAGGAAUUAAAUUAAAUCGAGCUUUUAGUAUACGUAGAGCUAGGGUAGUUUGUGAUUCUGAUACUACACCUAAUACAACACCUGAAGAAAGACGACGAAAAGCCCAAAUGGAGAUUAAAUCUGCUCCAUCUUCAGCGCGACAGCCUAAUCAUUAUCGUGGAAGAACCAGUAGUGUUGGAGCUAACAAUAGAGAAAGUCUUAAAAAAUCUGAAACGCGACCAAGAGUUCCUUCUUUGUCAAGAAAUGAAGGUGGAAGAUAUAGUAUGAGAGGCCCAAAGACCUCGAGUACAUCAAUGCCAAGGCCUAAUGUGAAUAAAAAUGAUAAGGAAAUGAGUAAAGAAAGUAAAAACACAGGAAGAAGUAACUCAACCUUGACAUCUAAAGAAAUAGAAUUUCAAAACUGGAAACGAAGGAAGAACUAUGAUCCCAUGAAGGCAGCAGCUGAGGGGAAAAAAAAAUUGGAUGGUUUACGAAAACAUCAUACAGUUGAAGAUGGUUCUAAUAAUCGAGAUAACUCUGUUUUACGUUCAGCAAGUUUUCAUGGAACUCACGGAACACUUUCUCUAACAGAUGAUUGGUCUGACAAUGAUUUAAAUUAUGGAGAAGAGAAAGAAGUUAUUCAAAUUCCUCCUCCAUGUAGUCCUCUUGGUAGUGAUAGUGAUCUAGAUACUUCUUCUUAUCUCCAGACAACCCAAAAUGUUAUGUCCGCUAUGUCAGCAAGGAUUACAGUUUAUCAACCCGUUUCAGUAGAUUCUGGAGGAGAAAGUGAUGAUGAUACAAGUCAUAGUUUAAGGCAAUCGAACAAAAUGAUACAUGAAGUAAGCGACACUGAAAGUAGUGAUGAUCAUCAGCCAAUACAAUCAUCAGUCGGUUCUAGAUUUAAUAAAGCUUUCGAAUUAAAAAAAGGACGAGACCAUCGAGAGAUCAAAAGUGCUCCAGCUACCAGUAGAAUAUCAACGACACACUCUAGAUCCAAAUCUGAAACUUCUGGUGUUGCUCGUACCGAUUCUGGAAGAUUUAGUAUGCGAAUGUCUAAAGGAUCAUCUAAUUCAACAAAGAACAAACCGAAAGAUGUGAAAAAACAAGCUCAAUCAGCUAUGAAAGAGCAAGAGAUGUUAAAUUGGAAAAGAAGAAAGAGUUAUGAUCCUAUGAAGGCAGCUUUGGAAGGAAAAAGGAAGGCUGGAUUGAUGAAGAAAAAUCUCAGUUCUGAAUCUUCUAGUGUUUUACGAUCUCAAAGCUUUCAUGGCCCAGUGAACUUUGGAAUCAGCGAAUGGAGUGACGAAGAUAUCUCAGCUUCAGCAGAUGAAGCUCCAGUUUAUUGAUUGAUUUCACCAAAAAACAAUAUUUUAAUUUACGUAUACUUUAUAUAAAAGUAGCUAGAAAUGAACAAUGAACGCGCAGAUAUAAUACCAUGACUCAAGAAUGAUGACUAUAAGAAUAAAAGUUUAUUCAUUGACUAAAUGCAAAAAAAUAAAUUAUACUCUUUUCUGCCUAAAUUGAUGUCAAAUUUAAUAUUAAGAAUUAGCAAGUUUGCUUUAUUUCUAGAAAAUUUAGGCAUUUUUUAUUUUGCUUUUAUUUCCGAAAUAUUUAUACUAGAUAUUAUGAUUGUUAUAAUCAUGAGAAGUUUUAUGAAUUCUAUCUUCAAUUAAAAUCUGUUUUUUUAAUUAUGGAAUCAAUAAUGAAUAUUAUUUAUGAAUUAAAGUUACUGCAAGUUAACUAGUUAUUUGAUAAAUUGAGAAAAUAAAUUUAUAAAUUAGUUAACAUGGCUCAUGCAGGCAAUGAAAUAUGAAUUU